AUGAAAGGUUUAAUUCUAGUCGGUGGUUACGGUACCAGAUUAAGACCUCUAACUCUUACUGUCCCAAAGCCUCUAGUCGAAUUCGCUAACAGACCAAUGAUUCUACAUCAAAUCGAAGCUCUCGCUAACGCUGGCGUUACCGAUAUUGUCUUAGCUGUCAACUACAGACCAGAAGUUAUGGUUGAAACUUUACAAAAAUACGAAGCUGAAUACGGUGUCUCUAUCACUUUCUCCGUCGAAACUGAACCAUUAGGUACUGCUGGUCCAUUAAAAUUAGCUGAAGAUGUUCUAAAGAAGGAUAACUCUCCCUUCUUCGUCUUGAACUCUGAUGUCAUUUGUGAUUACCCAUUCAAGGAAUUAGCUGAUUUCCACAAAGCCCAUGGUGGUAAAGGUACUAUUGUUGCCACUAAGGUUGAUGAACCAUCUAAAUACGGUGUUAUCGUUCACGAUAUCGCUAAACCAAACUUGAUCGAUAGAUUUGUUGAAAAGCCUGUUGAAUUCGUUGGUAACAGAAUUAAUGCUGGUCUAUAUAUCCUAAAUCCAGAAGUCAUCGAUUUGAUUGAAAUGAAACCAACUUCUAUUGAAAAGGAAACUUUCCCAAUCUUAGUUGAACAAAAAUCUCUAUAUUCUUUCGAUUUAGAAGGUUUCUGGAUGGAUGUCGGUCAACCAAAGGAUUUCUUAUCCGGUACCGUUCUAUACUUGAACUCUGUCGCUAAGAAGCACCCAGAAAAGCUUGCCAAGGGUGAUAACAUUGUUGGUAACGCUAUGAUUGACCCAUCUGCUAAGAUCUCUCCAUCUGCUAAGAUCGGUCCAGAUGUGACCAUUGGUCCAAACGUUACUAUUGGUGACGGUGUCAGAAUUGAAAGAUCUGUCGUUCUAGCUAACUCUACAAUCCUAGACCACUCUUUGAUUAAAUCUACUAUUGUCGGGUGGCACUCAAAGGUCGGUAGAUGGUGUCGUCUAGAAGGUGUUACCGUUCUAGGUGAUGACGUCGAAGUUAAGGACGAAAUCUACAUUAACGGUGGUAAGGUCUUACCUCACAAGUCUAUUUCUGCUAAUGUCCCACAAGAAGCCAUUAUCAUGUAA